GUUUGUAAUGUUCUUUGCCUGUCCGCCAUGCUCCCAUGCUUCCAUUGCUCCUCACGCUGCUCGUGCUCUAUGGCGCCAGCGGAUUUCAUGCCUGUCCGCCUGCGGACUCCGCCUGUGUGGCAGAGGUCCGAAGCUCGGCCUGGAGGCUCUGGGCAGAAGUGGACAAGGCCUUGUCUCAGCGGAUCUAUGAGCUCUUGACGAUCUAUGAUUGGAUCCCGAAAGAGGAGCUGCACUCGCGCCAGAAGGCGCUUCAAGGACUUGAGGCCAUGGAAGUGGCGAAGCAACUCCUGUGCGCGGCCAGCUUCGUGCGCUGCGAUCCAGAAGGAGUGAAUCAUGGGGUGAAGCUGCUUCAAAUGGAUCUGUCAGAGAGAGAAGCAGCUCAGCGGGCGGAAGAGGCGUGCACCGCGGAUGUAUCCGCUGUGGACUGGCUAGGCAAGUGCAGCUUUGCAAUCUGGGACUGGGCCGAUGCCGAGUAUUUCAUCUCAGCGAAGGAUUUUAUGUCCAACUCAGAUGAACCUCAGACUUCUGAAGAGUCCGAUCGAUUGAACUUAAGAAAGACAGAUGCCAAUGCGGGAUACGCCGCAGUGGUUUAUCCACCCUCCCUGAGCCCUGGACAUAUUUGUCAGACAAGCCUCACUCCCAUGAGCCCGAGCCCUGGUGAGUCAAAGGCUUCGCAACCCAUCUUCGGAGGCGAAGCCUUUGGUGAUGUUGCCUGGGUGGAUGUGUCCAACCUGCGAACGCGUCACUUGAGUUCCAUCAGUCUCCUGGAAGUGUUGGAAAACGGCAAAGCCUUUCAGGAGCGCCAUCCCUUUGGCCUGUCUCGCUUUGCCAUCAAUCUGGGAGGUGGAGAUGGUGGGUGCCGCGUGGGGCAUGGGCUAGAUCCGGUGAAUUGCUUCUUUGUGCAGGGCUUUGGUGGUGUGGUCUUCGAGGCCAAUCAGUCCUUGGAGGAGGAGCUUCAGAGCUCCUUGGGGCACUUCACACCCGACGUUCAAAUCGUCAUGGAAGCGGCACAGGCGGAGACGAUUUCCCAGCGUUUGUUGAUCGCUAUGGCACAACGACCUGGGCGUUGGGUGGAAAAGGAUGAGGUCGACAUCAUCAAAGUGGAUGUAGAUGGUUUGGAUUGUCAUUUAGUGCAGGCACUCACUUUGUCUGGAUGGAGGCCAAAAGUAUGGCAUGUGGAGAUUAACCCACUCUUUCCUCCCAACAUUUCCCUUUGGCCUUCCGGUUCCAGCUUGGGAGUCGAGACGACCAUCAAGCGAGAUUUGACUUCGGCCUUCUCUCGCAGGAACGAGCGCGAGCAUACCAAGCAAGCCUUGGUAGGAUGUUCUUUGCAAGCACUGCUGGAUGCUGCUGGCUCCGAAUACAGCCUUCUCCACGUUGAAUUCGAGAACGCAGUUUUGGUUCGCAAAGACAUUUCAGAAGCGCUGGAACCAUGGUUAUCUUCGCGCAGCGUAGUUCAGAAGUGGAGGGACGGCUACUUUUGCCAUCCGAUUGCUCGCGUGCGAUUGCCGCAUGAUCAUGAUGAGGACUCACUUUUCCUGCACUACGACUUCAGGCGCUGGGGAGACCCAAGCCUCUCAGGAGAGGAUUUAUUGCAGCUUGUACAGGCCUUCCUGCAGCAGUUCGUGGAAGAUCACACAUACAGCUUCAAGGCACCACAGAUGACGUCAGGGUCCUGGGAGUCCUCAGCACCAAUUCUUGGUGUUCAAAGAAAACAAAGCCUGAGAAACCAAGGAGCCAUCCACCAAAGUUUGAAGUACUUCCUGUUCAUCAGCCAAGCACCGCCAAGGACCUCAACUGCGACUCGAAAAGAAGAUACAUUUUUCAGUGGCCAAUCAUCCUUACCAACAUUCAAAGUCUCCUGUCAUCAUGGACCUCAGGUCGAGGAGAUGUGGAGGUGGUCUUGGCCAAUAUGGUCGAGGACUUUAUCGGCACCUUGAACCUCGACCGAGCGUGGCCGAUCUUUAAGACCGUGGCCUCCGGGGAGUGCCCACUUGGUGGUCUGGCAAUUGCCAUUGCGAUGCGGUGGCGAUGCCUCUCCAACUUUUGGAAGGAGAAUCCUCUUUUCCCGCACACGGAGGAAUUCUUUCAUGCCAUGGAUCGACAACUCCCACUGAUCCUUCGCAAGCCCAAGAAGUUUGAAAAGUCGGUCUUUGUUGCCCCGCUGGGAUGUGAGAACUUGCUGCUUCGCUACAUCCAGGCUGGCUUGCGGCGCUUUGAUCUUCAAGCUAUGCUAGACUCAAGAUGGCCCAUUUUUGAGCUGUUGAGUUCAAUGCAUUCAUGGAGCGAAAAGUGGCCUCGUGGAUAUCCCUGAACCACUUCUCUCAGAUCAUCCUGGAUCUCGCCACCCGCGCUCGCCCGCAUCGCUCACCGAAAAGGACACGCAGCUCCGGCGUCGUGGAGGCUCCGGCGGAGGAGGGCGCUGAAGAGGACGUCGGAGCCUCUCCGGUCGGAGGUGAAUGGAGGUGACAUGGUGACGCCGAGAUCGUCCGCUGAAAAGAGAGAGAGAGAGAGAGAGCAGAGAGCAGCUGUUGUAAG